UCUCGAAAUAAUACUUCUACUAUUUCAGUUCAGUUUGCUGAUAUGUUUUCAUUACAAACAUUUAGUUUAGCACUCAUAGGCGCUUGCCUUACAGUACCAGGCAAUUGCACUGAUGCACGUGGAAAUGUUUCUGAGAUAAUCCUACAGGAUGCAAAGACCUUUGGGGACUACAGCGACUCGGAUGAUAAAGAAAUUGUUUUCAAAUCUGAUGGAGAAGACACCAAAGCAAUUGUUAAAAAGAAAAAAUUGCUUUUUAGCAAGGAUUUUAAGCUUGAGGAAUGUGAAAAUGGGAAGUGUACAACGUCGAAUCUUGAAGAGAAGGUUAAGAACAAGCUGGAGGGUUGUACAUACGAGGGAAGGUUGGAAAAUGAUCCUAAUUCUACGGUCUCAAUGACCAAUUGUGAUGGUGUGAUGCAGAUGACCUUCAUGUCCUCUAAAGCUAAUCUAAGCUCCAAUACAUUCCGCCAAGAGGGAGAUAAACUUUAUCAAAAUGAAGGGAAAAUCAUGAAAGAUAAAACUGCCAAGAAAAAAGGAGUGAAUGAGGCACUAGCUGAGGAUUCUGCCACUAAGCUGAAGAAUGGAACAGGGUUUGUUGACAAGGACGGAGCUUUCUUAGAAUUUGAACAGUCUGAUAGCAGAGACUAUGCAGAUGAAAAGUGUUGUCGGUUAAAAAAGAAGAAAUGUAAGAAGACUCCUGAAGGAAAGAUGAGCUGUAAAGUCAGUUAUUCUGAAAACAAGUGUGGACCUGAGUGCGAGCAAAUGAAGACUGUUGUGGCUAAAAAUGCGAAAAAAGUGAUUUCAAACAUUGAAAAGAAAAGUAAACAGAAAGUCAAGGAUGACUCUGCUGAAGGCUCUAAGAAAGAAACUACGACUGAAGCAACGAAAACUACCACUGAAGCAACUGAAACUACUCCUGAAGCAAGUGAAACUACUGUAGCCAGUGAAUCCACGGAAGCAAGUGAUCCCAAGGAAGCAAAUGAUGCCAAGGAAGCAAAUGAUGCCAAGGAAGCAAAGGAUGCCAAGGAAGCACCUGAUGAUGAAGACCUAGAAGAGCUGUUUGCUGAGUCUGAAGAAUCAACGGAGGAAGAACCUGAAAAUAAGGAAGCAGGUGGUGGUGAGGGAGAGGAUGAGAAAAGUAAGGAUUUACGAGAUCUUGUAACAGAUGAACUGAUUAAACUAAACCUUGAAGCUGAAACAUCUGAGAGACGAGAAUCUCCUAAGGAAGAACCAUCAAUGUUUAGGAGUAAAUCAGUUCGAAUGAUAUGUCCAGGGGGUUGUGUAGAAAAAGCGCCAAAUCCUACAAAAAAAGUGUACAGCGAACGAACCAUCGAGCUUGGCAUAUUCGUCGACAAAUAUCUAUGGGAAGUGAUGAAAACCCAGAUAGCUGGUAGUGAGGAAGAUGCUAAGGUUGCAAUGCUGGAUAUGAUCCACAGUCUUGUUGUUAAUACGGAGACACUGUUUCAACAUCCAACAAUAUCUUCACAAGGAGGGUUUAAGCUGGCAAUUAAUGGAAUCAAUAUUUGGAAGGAUGAUUCUGAUCCAUUGGUGAAAUCUGUUCAUGAUGCUUCAGACCAACUUCAACAACUCGCAGCUUUCCAGGACUAUGCUCGUGAGAAGAAUGAAAGGUAUGAUGGAUACCGUAGAAGCUAUGACAUGAAUAUUCUGCUCAGUGGGACUCAUGAUAAAUAUAACAUUGGUGGAGAUGCAGGGGUAGCGUAUAUCAGUACUGUGUGCCAAGUAGAGUGUACAGGGUUAACUACAGUAACACUACGGGAUGGUAGACACCUGGAUAAUAUGCCAGCUCUACUUGCUCAUGAGAUGGGACAUAUUAUUGGUGCUAACCAUGACGGAGACCAACCAGGAGUUAAUCCUAAGAAUCCUAACACAUAUAAUGUCCCUUCGACAUGUCCAGAAAAUAUGUUUAUCAUGACACCUUCACAGUCUGGGACUAUAGUGGAGUGGAGUCAAUGCUCAAGACAGGAGAUUGAUUAUGAGUACGAACGACGAGAGACAGAAAACCCUAAAAGUGGAAAUUGUUUCUAUACUUAAAAUAAAUAUACAUAAAUUCAAGUAA